AUGGCGCUGCCGGUGGCGGCUUUUCACUCCGGCCUGGAGUCUUGCGUGCCACUCAUGACAGCGGCUCCAACUCCCGGUUGUCUCCGGCAGGCUGUUGUCUCUAUCCGUGGCACAUGUGCCAGAACAUCUGCUUAUCCUGUGACCUUUUCGUGGGCAUCUGCAGACGCGCAGCACCUUCUGUAUGCGGGCUUUACCGCAAGUCAGCACGGUCUUCCGAUGAGGCGCACAUUCUCGCGCCUGCGCAUGCACAGAGAGUCCAGCUCCUCUAGGCGAAAAACGACAGUCCCGCAGCGCUCUGACAAUCCGACAGACGGGACAUGCAUGCCCUAUUUGCUAGGCAUUGGUGCCCACUAUUCCAGGUUUCCGGUCCGCGAGCUCUCGCUUCACAGCGGUGGGCUAAAAGGAAAAGCCUAUACCAGUGGCACGGCUCCUGAGAUGCUGCUCGGUUUCACCCCCGCCAUCCCAAAGCCGGUUUACGCUUACUACCGCUUUCGACAGCGCCUUUUUUUCUCAACAACAAAGCCCGCUUCUGCAUCGGACGCGAACCUUUCGCCCGGCUCUCAAGCUGCCUUGAGCGAGAUCCGCAGCAACGUGGAGCGAGCUGCCGAAAAAGGAAAAGCUCUUGCCGCCACAUCCAGCAGCAGUGGUGGCGCAGGACGCCAGGUGAAAAAGCAGCUCUCCAAAAAGGAAAUGAGGACUCUCGGCGGACAUCCCCGGAGGUUCAAGCUCAUGGGCGGGCGACCAGAGUUCCACCAUGUGGACCGCAACAAAAAUGGACAUAUAAUUGAGCCGACGGAUAAGUUCCAGGUUGUCAUCACGACGAGCAAAAACAACGUCCAUGCCCAGGUUGUCAACAAAUCAAGGGCGUAUCGCACGAUUUUUGGAUCUUUUGCAGGGAACGUCGGAAUCCGGAAACAGGCGCAGCAGGGCUCCCAGUGCGCUUACCGUAUUGGGCAAAACAUUGCCCGCAAAUGCAGGCGGCUGGGGAUAUCGCAGGUCGAAAUCAAGUUUCGGCGAAUCAUGAGAGUGAAUCAACUGCUUCAAGCCUUUACUGCUCAUGGCCUUGGCGUUACGGCCAUUGCGCACGAGCCAAGACUGCCGAAAUGCGGACAGAACGCCACGAAACCGAGGAAGCGGCGACGUGUGUGA